UCUCCUGAGUUUAGGGCUCAUGGCAGUGGCAUUGGUGUGUUCUUGGCCGGGGCCGAGGAGCACGAAGGAUCACGACGACUACAUUCCAAUCGAGACGCUCGCGGGUCUCUUGCGGCGAUGCAUCGGCGACGCGGAUCUCGCGCAGGGCAGGCAAUUGCACCGGCAGAUCGUCAAGCAGGGGCUGGCGCGCAACGAUUUGCUCGGGAACUACCUCGUCCAGAUGUACUCCAAGUGCCGCAGCCUCGACGACGCCAAUGCCGCCUUCUCGGCGCUCAGAUCGCGAGGGAUCGCGACGUGGAACACGCUCAUCGCCGCGCAAUCCUCCCCUGCCGCGGUGUUCGAUCUCUACACCCGGAUGAAGCUCGAGGAGAGGGCGGAGAAUCGGCCCAACAGGCUGACGAUCAUCGCGGUCCUGGGCGCUAUCGCUAGCGGCGAUCCUUCUUCCUCGUCUUCCUCCCGCGCUCAAGCGAGGAUCGUCCACGACGACAUCCGCGGCAGCGAUCUGGAGCGCGAUCUCUUCGUCGCCACCGCGCUGCUGGAUGCGUAUGGCAAAUGCGGCUGCGUGGAGAGCGCGCUGGAGGUGUUCUCGCGGAUCCAGGUACCGGAUCUCAUCUGCUGGAACGCGGCGAUCAUGGCGUGCGCCGGGAACGACGAGCGCCCGGAUCGCGCGCUCCUGCUCGUCCGCCGGAUGUGGCUCGAGGGGCUGCUGCCCAACCGCGCCAGCUUCGUGGCGAUCCUCAGCUCCUGCGGGGAUCACUCGUCCCUGCCGCUGGCACGGUCGAUCCACGCCAGAGUCGAGGAAUUAGGGUUCUUGGGCGACGUGGUUGUGGCCACCGCGCUCGUCACGAUGUAUGGGCGGUGUGGCAGCGUCGAUGAAUCGAUUGCGGUGUUUGAGGCGAUGGCUGUGAGGAAUCACGUCUCGUGGAAUGCGAUGAUCGCAGCAUUUGCCCAGUGUGGGCAUCGCAGCGCGGCAUUUGCGAUCUACUGGCGGAUGCAGCAAGAGGGAUUCCGGCCAAAUAAGAUCACCUUCGUCACAGCGCUCAAGGCCGCGUGUUCUUCCUCUUCGCAGGAUCUUGGAGAGAGCGCGGCGCUCCAUGGAUGGAUCGCCUGCGCUGGACUGGAGGGCGAUGUGAUGGUGGGCACUGCGCUGGUGACCAUGUAUGGCUCCACCGGCGCGAUCGAUCGCGCGAGAGCGGCGUUUGAUGCCAUCCCCGCCAAGAACAUUGUGUCUUGGAACGCGAUGCUCACGGCCUAUGGCGACAAUGGCCGGGCGAGAGAGGCGAUGGAGCUCUUCGCGGCCAUGAAGAGGCAAUCGCUCGCUCCAAACAAGGUGAGCUAUCUCGCGGUGCUUGGAUGCUGCGAGGAUGUGAGCGAGGCGCGAUCCAUCCACGCCGAGGUUGUGGGGAAUGGGCUCUUCGCGCAGGAGUCCUCCAUAGCAAACGGGGUGGUGAGGAUGUUUGCUCGCUCCGGCAGCCUCGAGGAGGCCAUGGCCGCGUUCGAUGCGACCGUGGUGAAAGAUAGCGUCUCUUGGAACACAAAGGUGGCGGCGCUGAGCGCUCGCGAGGAUCUCCACGGCGCGAUCACGGCCUUCUACACGAUGCAGCACGAAGGAUUCAGGCCGGACAAGUUCACGCUGGUGAGUGUGGUGGAUGUCUGCGCGGAUCUGGGCACGCUGGAGCUUGGGCGAUCGAUCCAGCAGCAGCUCUCGGCGGCGAUCGAGGUCGAGCGCGACGUGGUGGUGGAGAGCGCGGUGAUGAACAUGGUGGCGAAGUGUGGUUCAUCCGUGGACGAGUGCGAGCGAUUGUUCGCGCGAAUGCCCGACGAUAGAAAGGAUCUGGUGGCAUGGAACACGAUGAUCGCGGCGUACGCGCAGCACGGCCACGGCCGGAAGGCGCUCAAGCUCUUCCGGAUCAUGCAGCAGCGAUCGUCGGUGAGACCCGACUCGUCAACUUUCGUGAGCGUUCUAUCCGGGUGUAGCCACGCCGGGCUGGUCGAGGAUGGAAUCCACUGCUUCUUCCUGGCCAGGGAAGUGCUCGGGAUCGAGCAGCAACCCGUGGAGCACUACGCCUGCCUGGUAGAUGUUCUUGGCCGGAUGGGCUACCUCCGCGAGGCCGAGGAUUUCAUCCGCAAGAUGCCGCUUCCAGCAGAUUCCGUGGUGUGGACGUCGCUGCUGGGUGCUUGCAGCAGCUAUGGCGAUCUCGAGGGCGGCGAGCGAGCGGCGCGGGCGUUUAUCGAGCUGUACCGGAGCGAUUCAGUCGGGUACGUGGUGCUGUCCAACAUCUACGCGGCUGCUGGGCGAUGGGAGGAUUCGAUCAGAGUGAGGGAGGACAUGGCGGAGAGGCGAGUGAAAAAGAGGGCCCCAGGGAAGAGCUCCAUCGUCGUCAAGAACAGGGUGCACGAGUUCUUCGCCAGGGAUCGCAGCCACCCCCAGAGUGAUGAGAUCUACGCGGAGCUGGAGAGGUUGAAGGGAUUGAUCCGGGAGGCUGGGUACGUCCCGGACACGAGGUUGGUUCUUCACGACGUGGAAGAGGAGCAGAAGGAGCAGCUGCUGUGGUAUCACAGCGAGAAGCUGGCGAUCGCGUUUGGAUUGAUCAGUGUUCCUCACCGGCAUAGCAUCCGCGUGAUCAAGAACUUGCGGGUUUGCAAGGAUUGCCACACCGCGACUAAGUUUAUCGCACGGGUGACGCAGAGAGAGAUCGCGGUGAGGGAUUGCAAUCGGUUCCAUCACUUUGGCAAGGAUGGCGAGUGUUCGUGUGGAGAUUACUGGUAAUAUCAUAUUAUUUGAAAACCAAAAAAUUAUUUUUUUUUCCUUUUUG